UCUUGUUCCUAGGUGUGUGAAUGUGGAUAAUGUCAGCUCUACCUCCUCUGUGAAGGGAGAAUCGGGAAGUAAAUUCCAUAUAAUACCUAAGAAGAUCCAGAACAUUUUUAGAAAAUCUGGAGUUUAUGUGUGUUCUCGAGGAGAGCCAGUACCUGAUGUAUGGAAAGCAAAAAAAUCCAUAAUGGAUGAAAAAUAUGAAACAGAUAAUUUCUAUGCGGUGUCUUCUGAGCAUAGAAAUUCUAUUCCUAAGGCUACUGCUGAUCGUGAAGCUUCCACCUCUACUGCUGACAGCCUGGAUGCUGCCGAGCCUGACCCAACAAAUUCUACAAAUGCUACUGACUGUCUGGCUGCUCUUGAGCGUGAGCUGACUAAUUCCAACAACACUGCUGACUGUCUGGCUGACCUUGAGCCUGAUCCGACGAUUUCUACCAAUGCCGCUGACUUUCAGGCUGCUGUUGCACCAGAGCCAACUAUGUCCACCCACCCUGCUGACUGUCUGCCUGAUGUGGAACCAGAGCCAACUAUGUCCACCCACCCUGCUGACACUCUGGCUGCUCUUGAGCCUGAGCUGACUACUUUCAACAACACUGCUGACUGUCUGGCUGACCUUGAGCCUGAGCCAAACAUGUCCACCCACUCUGCUGACAGUCUGCCUGAUGUGGAACCAGAGCCAACUAUGUCCAAUCACCCUGCUGACACUCUGGCUGCUCUUGAGCCUGAACUGACUAAUUCCAACAACACUGCUGACUGUCUGGCUGACCUUGAGCCUGAUCCGACGAUUUCUACCAAUGCCGCUGACUUUCAGGCUGCUGUUGCACCAGAGCCAACUAUGUCCACCCACCCUGCUGACUGUCUGCCUGAUGUGGAACCAGAGCCAACUAUGUCCACCCACCCUGCUGACACUCUGGCUGCUCUUGAGCCUGAGCUGACUACUUUCAACAACACUGCUGACUGUCUGGCUGACCUUGAGCCUGAGCCAAACAUGUCCACCCACCCUGCUGACAGUCUGCCUGAUGUGGAACCAGAGCCAACUAUGUCCACCCACCCUGCUGACACUCUGGCUGCUCUUGAGCCUGAGCUGACCAAUUUCAACAACACUGCUGACUGUCUGGCUGACCUUGAGCCUGAUCCGACUAUUUCUACCAAUGCCGCUGACUGUCGGGCUGCUGUUGCACCAGAGCCCGCUAUGUCCACCAACCCUGCUGACAGUAUGGCAGCUGUUGAGCCUGAGCCGACUAUGUCCACCCACCCUGCUGACAUUCUGACUGCUGACGAGCCUGAACAUAAUACUUCUACCAAAGCUGCUGACUGUCGGGCUGACCUUGAGCCUGAGCCAAACAUGUCCACCCACCCUGCUGACAGUCUGCCUGAUGUGGAACCAGAGCCAACUAUGUCCACCCACCCUGCUGACACUCUGGCUGCUCUUGAGCCUGAGCUGACCAAUUUCAACAACACUGCUGACUGUCUGGCUGACCUUGAGCCUGAUCCGACUAUUUCUACCAAUGCCGCUGACUUUCAGGCUGCUGUUGCACUAGAGCCAACUAUGUCCACCUACCCUGCUGACUGUCUGCCUGAUGUGGAACCAGAGCCAACUAUGUCCACCCACCCUGCUGACACUCUGGCUGCUCUUGAGCCUGAGCUGACUAAUUUCAACAACACUGCUGACUGUCUGGCUGACCUUGAGCCUGAUCCGACUAUUUCUACCAAUGCCGCUGACUGUCCGGCUGCUGUUGCACCAGAGCCCGCUAUGUCCACCAACCCUGCUGACAGUAUGGCAGCUGUUGAGCCUGAGCCGACUAUGUCCACCCACCCUGCUGACAUUCUGACUGCUGACGAGCCUGCACAUAAUACUUCUACCAAAGCUGCUGACUGUCUGGCUGACCUUGAGCCUGAGCCAAACAUGUCCACCCACCCUGCUGACAGUCUGCCUGAUGUGGAACCAGAGCCAACUAUGUCCAAUCACCCUGCUGACACACUGGCUGCUCUUGAGCCUGAGUCGACUAAAUCCUCCAAUGCUGCUGACUGUCUGGCCUAUGUUGAGCCAGAGCCAGCUAUGUCCACCCACCGUGCCGACAGUCUGGCUGCUCUUGAGCAUGAGCUGUCUCAUGCCAACAAAGAUGCUGACUGUCUGGCUUCUCUCAAGUCUGAGCUGAUUAAUUCCACCAAUGCUACUGAUUGUCUGGCUUCUGUUGGGACUGAGACAACCAUGUCCACCCAGCCUACUGACAAUUUGGCAGCUGUUGAGCCUGAACAUAAUUCCACCAAUACUGCUGACGGUAAGGACUCUGUUGAACAAGAGCCAUCUAAGCCCACCUACCGUGCCGACAGUCUGGCUGCUCUUGAGCAUGAGCUGACUAAUUCCAACAACACUGCUGACUGUCUGGCUUCUCAGAAGGCUGAGUCAAUUGAUUCUACCAAUGCUACUGAUUGUUUGGGUUCUGUUGGGACUGAGACAACUAUGUCCACCCACCCGGCUGACAAUAUGGCUACUGAUGAGCUUGAGGCUACACAUUCCACCAAUGCUGCUUACUUUCUGGCGGCUCUUGAGCCCCAGUCGACUAAUUCCUCCAAUGCUGCUGAUAUUCUGGCUUCUGUUGGGUCUGAGACAACCAUGUCUACCCACCUUGCUGAUAUUCCUAUUGCUCAUGAGCCUGACUAUAAUGAUUCUACCAAUGCUGCUGACAGUCUGGACUCCGUUGAGCCAGAGCCAGCUAUGUCCACCCACCAUGCCGACAGUCUGGCUGCUCUUGAGCAUGAGCUGUCUCAUGCCAACAAAGCUGCUGACUGUCUGGCUUCUCUCAAGGCUGAGCCAACCAUGUCCACCCAGCCUGCUGACAGUUCGGCAGCUGUUGAGCCUGAGCCUACAAUUUCCACCAGAGCUGCUGAUUUUCUGGCUACUGUUCUGCCAGAACUAACUAGGUCAAACCACCCUGCUGACUGUCUGGACUCUGUUCAGCCUGAGUCAUCUAUGUCCACACACCCUGCUGAUAAUAUGGCUACUGAUGAGCUUGAGCCUACAAAUUCGACCAACGCUGCUUACUGUCUGGCUGCUCUUGAGCCUGAGUCGACUAAAUCCUCCAAUGCUGCUGACUGUCUGGCCUAUGUUGAGCCAGAGCCAGGUAUGUCCACCCACCGUGCCGACAGUCUGGCUGCUCUUGAGCAUGAGCUGUCUCAUGCCAACAAAGAUGCUGACUGCCUGCCUUCUCUCAAGACUGAGCUGAUUAAUUCCAUCAAUGCUACUGAUUGUCUGGCUUCUUUUGGGACUGAGACAACCAUGUCCACCCAGCCUACUGACAGUGUGGCAGCUGUUGAGCCUGAACAUAAUAGUUCCACCAAUGCUGCUGAUGGUCUGGGCUCUGUUGAACAAGAGCCAGCUAAUCCCACCCACCGUUCCAACAGUCUGGCUGCUCUUGAGCAUGAGCUGACUAAUUCCAACAACACUGCUGACUGUCUGGCUUCUCAGAAGGCUGAGUCAAUUGAUUCUACCAAUGCUACUGAUUGUUUGGCUUCUGUUGGGACUGAGACAACUAUGUCCACCCACCCUGCUGACAAUAUGGCUACGGAUGAGCUUGAGCCUACACAUUCCACCAAUGCUGCUUACUUUCUGGUCGCUCUUGAGCCCCAGUCGACUAAUUCCUCCAAUACUGCUGAUAUUCUGGCUUCUGUUGGGUCUGAGACAACCAUGUCUACCCACCUUGCUGAUAUUCCUAUUGCUCAUGAGCCUGACUAUAAUGAUUCUACCAAUGCUGCUGACAGUCUGGACUCCGUUGAGCCAGAGCCAGCUAUGUCCACCCACCAUGCCGACAGUCUGGCUGCUCUUGAGCAUGAGCUGUCUCAUGCCAACAAAGCUGCUGACUGUCUGGCUUCUCUCAAGGCUGAGCCAACCAUGUCCACCCAGCCUGCUGACAGUUCGGCAGCUGUUGAGCCUGAGCCUACAAUUUCCACCAGAGCUGCUGAUUUUCUGGCUACUGUUCUGCCAGAGCUAACUAGGUCAAACCACCCUGCUGACUGUCUGGACUCUGUUCAGCCUGAGUCAUCUAUGUCCACACACCCUGCUGAUAAUAUGGCUACUGAUGAGCUUGAGCCUACAAAUUCGACCAACGCUGCUUACUGUCUGGCUGCUCUUGAGCCUAAGUCGACUAAAUCCUCCAAUUCUGCUGACUGUCUGGCCUAUGUUGAGCCAGAGCCAGGUAUGUCCACCCACCGUGCCGACAGUCUGGCUGCUCUUGAGCAUGAGCUGUCUCAUGUCAACAAAGAUGCUGACUGUCUGGCUUCUCUCAAGGCUGAGCUGAUUAAUUCCAUCAAUGCUACUGAUUGUCUGGCUUCUGUUGGGACUGAGACAACCAUGUCCACACAGCCUACUGACAGUUUGGCAGCUGUUGAGCCUGAACAUAAUUCCACCAAUGCUGCUGACGGUCUGGACUCUGUUGAACAAGAGCCAGCUAAGCCCACCCACCGUGCCGACAGUCUGGCUGCUCUUGAGCAUGAGCUGACUAAUUCCAACAACACUGCUGACUGUCUGGCUUCUCAGAAGGCUGAGUCAAUUGAUUCUACCAAUGCUUCUGAUUGUUUGGCUUCUGUUGGGACUGAGACAACUAUGUCCACCCACCCUGCUGACAAUAUGGCUACUGAUGAGCUUGAGCCUACACAUUCCACCAAUGCUGCUUACUGUCUGGCUGCUCUUGAGCCUGAGUCGACUAAAUCCUCCAGUGCUGCUGACUGCCUGGCCUAUGUUGAGCCAGAGCCAGCUAUGUCCACCCACCGUGCCGACAGUCUGGCUGCUCUUGAGCAUGAGCUGUCUCAUGCCAACAAAGAUGCUGGCUGUCUGGCUUCUCUCAAGGCUGAGCUGAUUAAUUCCACCAAUGCUACUGAUUGUCUGGCUUCUGUUGGGACUGAGACAACCAUGUCCACCCAGCCUGCUGACAGUUUGGCAGCUGUUGAGCCUGAACAUAAUAAUUCUACCAAUGCUGCUGACGGUCUGGACUCUAUUGAACAAGAGCCAGCUAUGCCCACCCCCCGUUCCGACAGUCUGGCUGCUCUUGAGCAUGAGCUGUCUCAUGCCAAUAAAGCUGCUGAGUGUCUGGCUUCUCUCAAGGCUGAGCCAACCAUGUCCACCCAGCCUGCUGACACUUUGGCAUCUGUUGAGCCUGAGCCUACUUUUUCCACCAAAGCUGCUGAUUGUCUGGCUACUGUUCAGCCUGAGCUAACUAGGUCAAACCACCCUGCUGACUGUCUGGAUUCUGUUCAGCCUGAGUCAUCUAUGUCCCCACACCCUGCUGACAGUUUGGUAGCUAUUGAGCCUGAACUGACUAAUUCCACCAAAGCUGCUGACUGUCUGGACUCUGCUGAGCCAGAGCCAACUAUGGCCACCCACCAUGCUGACAUUCUGACUGCUGUUGAGCCUGAACAUACUAAUUGCUCCAGUACUGCUGACUGUCUGCCUGCUGUUCAGCCUGAGUCCAGUAUGUCCACCCACCCUGCUGACAGUAUGGCUGCUAUUGAUGCUGAGCCUACAGAUCCUGCCAUUGUUGCUGACUGUCUGGCUGCUCUUGAACCUCGGCUGUCUGUUACAUGUGCUGCUGACAGUAGUGUGUUAGUUGAGAGUCAUGACUCAGGACCAGCUAGUCACAUUGGAUUGGAUUAUGUAGUUGAUUUACCUCUUUACAAGGAGAGUACAAGUGAAGAAGAAAUAUUUGAUUCUGCUACUUCAGAUGAGGAAUCUUCUUUUACUCCUGACGUAGAAGAAGGUCUGCCUGCUACUCAGGGUGCUGAGGAUAUUUUUCAUGCUUCCGCACGAGCUGAACCAAUAAACCACAGCUUGAUCCUUCUCAGGGAGAGUGGAUAUCUUCGGGCAACAGAGAUACCACGCAUACCUUUUUUGCUCUUCAUAUGGCUUAUAUCCUCACUCUUAUCCAUCAUAACAUGGAUGAAAAUCCAAAUUCAACAAGCAUGGCAUGAAGAAAAUGGCCAAGGAGCUCCCACUAAGAAGAGAGUCGGACCAGGUAAGUUAAACUAAAAUAGUAGCUUAAAAUAGAUUAAGAUUGUUUUACUAGAAACCUAGGUCUCUUUUGUUAAUAAAUUUCAUACUUCUAUAGGGCUAUUUACGCAUAACCUAGAACCUGAAAACUUUAUUUUUUCUCAAUUUAUAGAAAAUAAUUUUCAUAAUGUAACAAAUCCAGUUUAGAGAAAUACAACUGACCAGGUAAUAUUUUUUCCUACUUGGAUGUUUCCUAUUCUAGAAUGAGGAGAUUAUUGUCACUUCCAGUGAAAACAUGUGUUUCCUGAAUGACUAAGCCGGGAAAACUUCCUGUUAAAUGUUAUUGUCUAUUUAUCGCUGUCAUUCUGAACUCUGACUUCUGAAGUUAGCAUAGCCUUUGACCGCAACAUUCCAAAAGAAGCAACUUCUGAGAUUAAAAAUAACAAGAGAAGCAUCCACCUUCUCACUGUUUCUCUCUACAUUGAUAUGUCUACAUUGAUAUCUACAUGAUAAUGACACUGAUGUUGUUGAUGCUGGGCAUGACAAUAUCACCAGAGAUGUGCCUGAUGAUACUGUUAAUAAUUCUUCUUUUUCUUCUAGUGGCUGCGGCUCCUGAUCCCUAGACCCUUGAUGCUCCUCCAGGAUCGAUUGGAAUAUCAAAACACAGUCUGUGUGGGAGAAUUGAUCAUAUAUAUAAAUUUUAAAAUAAAAUGUUCAGUCUGAUUGUAGACUGAAGUAA